UUGUGAUAAUUUCUGCUAAAUUACUUCCACGUCGAUGAGAGCUCUUAUAAAUAAAUGUGCACAGGUAAAAUAAAAUCAAAACAAACUUGUGCGCUCUUCACAACACAUUCGUUCCUAGUAAAGUUCAAGACAACAAAAUGAAUUCGUUUUUGACAUUAUUUAUCGUGCUCUUUGCGGUGAAUCUUGCCUUGUCUGAGGCACAACGUUACGGAUACAGACCAGCACGUCCAGGAGGUUUCGGUUUUGGUAGUGGCGGUGGAGGUGGACGACCAGGUGGUUUUAAUGGUGGAUUUGGAAUGGGAUUCCAUGGAGGCUCUGGUUUUGGAGGCGGUGGAGGUGGAGGAUUUAGGCCAAGUGGACUUGGAAAUGGGGCCGGUGCAGGACCUGGUUUUGGAGGUGGUGGAGGUGGAGGAUUUAGGCCAGGUGGCCUUGGAAAUGGAGCAGGUGCAGGACCUGGUUUUGGCUCUGGAGGCGGUGGUAGGCCAGGAGGCCUAACCGGUGGACUUGGAAAUGGUGCCGGUGCUGGUCCUGGUUUUGGCGGUGGAGGUGGCAGUGGUUCUGGGUUCGGUAAUGGUGCCGGCGCUGGUCAAGGACAAGGCUUCGGAGGUCGGCCAGGCCAAGGAUUUGGUGGACGCCCAGGUCGAGGAUUUGGUGGACGAUCAGAUUUUGGUCGUUAAACUUUCUGUUAUUUUUAUUUUUUUUAACAAUACUAUUUUUUGUUAAAUAUUAUAUGAAUAAAAAUAUUAUUAUUAUAAUUAAUAA